AUGGAAAUCGACGACAUUCUCGCAUCCGUCGACCACACCGACAUCUCCAGCCCGGAGUCUACAGCCCUCGACCACCAACUCCUCACCCGUUUCUGGGUCGCCGAGCGCAGCGUCCCAGAGCUUCUGCCCUGGCCCGCGCGAUUGAUGGAGCGCAUGAUGGAACGCGUACGGCAGCAGAUCGAAACGAUCGAAGACCUCGCCGCCGCUUCCUCAGAACCAACAAGCAGCACAGUAAAUCCAAACGCAACGCUCACCCUCUCCAUUCUGCAAACCGACCUCUCCCGCAGUCAAUAUCUCCUCCGCUCAUUACUGCGCAAUCGCCUCUCGAAACUCACAAAGCACAGCAUGCAUUACCUACUUCUCUCUUCUCACAAUCCACCAAAUCCCCCACCAGCCUCGGGAAGCUCCGAAGCAAAGUACCAAACGCCUGAAGACUCAGUACCCCUCCCGGACCCAGACAACCUCCCAAGAUCGUCACCACUCAGUCCCUCCGAAACAACGUUCCUCUAUACACACCAGCAACUGCUCGCGAAACAUUUCGGGUCGAGCUUUCUGAAUAGUUUUCCGCCGCAGCUUCGACGGUUGGAUGAUAAUGCGGGCGGGACGAGUAUGGUGCAGGGGCCGGAUACGCGGGAGGCUGUUUUUGUAAGGUGUUUGGCAGAUGAGGUGCUGCUUCUUGCGCCGCCAGGCCCCGGCGAGGGUGAUGAUGGGGAGGAGGUGUAUGGGGGUACGAUGAGGAUGGGAGACGUUUGGGUUGUUAGGUGGGAGGCUGUUAAGGAGGCUUGGGAGAGGGGAGAUGUGGAGGUUUUGUGA